AAAUGUCAAAGUCAAUAGUCAAAAAGCAAGCAGGGCAAUGUUUAUAAAAAAGUGAUUUUAUUUUACGAGUUGCACAUAAAAUCUUUUUAAUUUCGUUUUAUAGUGAUUGCAUUGAACGAUAUCAAUAAGAAGGGAGGACAUGGAAGACGAAUUAGAGGACAGAGUUUUGCAUCAAACAUAUCUUUCUUUUGUGAAGAUUUUGUCCCGUUUCACAAGCAGUGUUCCGUUUGAUACUCCCGUGAGCUAUUUAUGGAAAAUGGUGCGUCUUUAUUUCCUGCGCUCUGAAGUCCUAAUUUUUACAAUCGGUGUGGUGAUAUUUCUUAUGUAUUUACAAACAAUUGAGCUAUGGAGUCGUACGUUGCUAAGCAGAUUGUCCCAGGCAAUGAGCCCUAUGGGAUCUCAAAGAAUGAAAUUUUUGGAAAGUUCAGAAGCCGAUAAACAAAGCUGGGAAUUAAAGGGUACACUCAGUGCUGCGUACGCAAUCAAAGGUAGAAGAAUGCACAUGGAAGACAGAUUUAUCAUUAAUGAAAACAUAAAUAGUACAGGUAUUUCACUGUUUGCAAUUUUCGAUGGGCACGGUGGUGAAUUUGCUGCAAAUUAUGCAAAGGACCACUUAAUACAAAAUCUUUUUAACAAGAUAAUUGAACUGAAUGCAUUUAAAGAUGGGAAAACAAUUAGUACACCCAUAAAGGAAAGUCCUGAUGAACCAAAACCAAAAGAACAAGACAACACUAUCAGUGUGGAAAGAAAGACUAGCUUUAAGAAGUCUGCAAGCACUGCAGAUGAUACAUCCAAAAAGGAGAUAACUGAUCCAGACCUUUUAGCUCAGAUUUCUAAAACGAAGCUGAUUACAAGAGAAGUGAGACCAUCAAAACCUGUGAUAAAUAUAUCUGUACCUCUUUCAAGCUAUUUGGACAAAGGGAAGAUAAAUUUUGGAAAGCUUUUGACAGAUGAAGUCUUGGCUGCAGACAGGUUGCUCGUUGAAGCAGCCAAACGGUCAAUGAAUGUGGCGGGCACAACAGCUUUGAUUGCAAUAAUGGAAGGAAAUCUCUUGAUUGUUGCAAAUGUGGGUGAUUCCAGAGGUGUUAUGUGUGACUCUCGAGGCAUUGCCAUCCCAGUCUCAUUUGACCACAAACCUCAACAGGUUCGGGAACAGAAAAGGAUUGAAGCAGCUGGUGGGUACAUAGCAUUUAAUGGAGUAUGGCGUGUUGCUGGUAUUUUGGCAACUUCUCGUGCAAUGGGGGACUACCCCUUGAAAGACAAAAAGUUUGUAAUUGCUGACCCUGACAUACUCACUUUCAAUCUAGACGACCACAAACCCAUGUUCCUGGUGUUGGCAUCAGAUGGCCUCUGGGAUACAUUCUCAAAUGAAGAAGCUGUUAAAUUUAUUAAAGAACGGCUGGAUGAACCAGACUAUGGAGCGAAAAGCUUGACCCUGCAAGCUUAUUACAGAGGCUCUGUUGACAACAUUACAGUUUUAAUAAUAAAUUUUUUGCAAAAUAGAAUGUCCUCUGCUGCUAUUACCCAGUAACAUUUUGACGAGUCUUAUCUUACGGUAAUUCUAUUUAUGGCUAUAUAUGGAUUUCCCAAAUAGUUAAUUAGUGACCAUGGUCCUGUAUAAUGGACAUUUUUGUAUGUACUAAAGAGCAGGUCAUGAAAUUUUUUUCUUAGAAGUUUUUUUAAAGAUCUCUGGCUUACCUGCGAAAUUAUAAUAUCUGCUAGCACACUUGCAAAGCAAGUGUUGAUGUGGUAACAACGAAGUUGUAACUAUCACCACAUGUCUAGCAGAACUUCUUUGUUAAUAUCUGCAUUUCAUGUUAUAAGAUAAUCAAAUGUUGUAUUUAACUAGAUAUUUACGAUGCGUCGUUGUUUUAUUUGUUGUCACAUUGAAAACUUUAUAUAACGUCAUAACAUACACAAAAAUUGUAGUUCAUAUUCUUACGAUAUUCAUAUUAUAUGUAUGUAAUUGAUGUGAAUAUUGCAUGUCUUGUGUAAAUAUUUAUGAUAUGUACGUCCAGUAAUGUAGAAAUCCAUAAUUCGACAAGAGUCAUAUAUAUUUUUGAAUGUGAAAAUGUACAUCUAAAAUUUGAAUUUAUGGAUGGUUGUGAUUUGGACAAGCUUUUUUUUGUACAAUGUUCUCUGAUAUCACUAAUUUGAUUUUUAAAAUUCUAUUAUCUGUAUGCGCAUAUUGUGUAUAAUAUUUCCCAUAUAUUAUGCUGGGCAAGUCUCCACAAUUUCCCUAGUAAUUUUGAUAAGUAACAUAUUUUUCUCUCCUUUUAUUAAGUCAGAAAGACCCUGAAAUGUAUGGGAGUGAUUUAGUAGAAAGGGACAGGAAUGUGAAAAUGAGCGCGCGCCGUCAAAUGUCUGAAGUAAUAUAUCACUUGCACAAUCGCUCGUUUUUAGUUCGUUUUAGUAUAUAUUUAAAGAUAAUUUAGGAUCCAUUUGUAGGUGUGAUGCAAUAUGUGACUAAAAGAAAUAAUUGGAAUUAAUUAUCUCAUGCUUUAAAAAUAUAUUUACUUACCAAUUAGUUUCAAUGUCACUGUAUCUGCUGUCACAUUUGUAUCUGCUGACGUAUUAUGACUUAAAAGAAAUUCUAAAACCGAUUUAUUUUUUUGGCAAAAUAAGAAGUGUUGUUAUAUUAAAUACUUAUAUAAUAAUGUAUAGUUAUUGUCCUGUGGUACUAGUCAGUAUUUUUCUCCAUUUUAGAGUACAUUAGAUGAGUACAUAAUAUAUUACUAACAGUUCUCUAACAAUCUAUAUUUGAAUAGUUCUUUUACUAAUUACGAAAAUUGAGCAUAAAAAUAUGACAUAUAUUUUUGUAAACUUGAUCGUAUUUGUACUGUAUGUAAUUAGAUAAUGUGGUCUCAUCAUAAGUACGAAUUAUUCAAUAGUCGCCUACAUAAAUGAACCGGCCUAUAUUCUAUGACAUUGCAUGGAAAUUAUUUUAAAAGUUGCUAAUAAAUGGGGCCAAGUCACACAAUCGUCCAAUAUUAAAUAUCUAUUGCGGUUGGCAUAUAGCAUUGAAAUUAUUCUAAAUUAAAGUGCCAAAUUAUGGCUGAUUAUUCCGUCGUUGUGAUAAAGUAAGUAAAAAAAAAACAAAAUUUUGAACUAUUUCAAAGACUUGCUUCAUUUAUUAACCUAAAACGAAAACUCAAUUAUGUUAAAUAAACUUUUAGUUUGACCAGUAUCUUGCCUUUUGUUCACACUUAUAAUAGAUUAUAUUGUGUUAUUGUGUAAAACCUUGUUACCUAUUUUGCCAAAUUACCAAAGCAUAAUAAUUGUCGUAAAUAAAAGGUAAUGUGCGAUAA